AUGACCAGGAGCUUUGAAAAAACGCUCGAGGAGGAUACCAAGAGCAGAAAAAGGAUUCUCAAACCGGCUGUGGAAAAGAAGAGAAGAGAUCGCAUAAACAAAAGCCUUGCAGAGCUCAGAAGCUUGUUGUUGACUAAUACAGCUGAUCCGCGUUUGCAGAAUCCCAAAAUUGAGAAAGCAGAAAUUUUGGACUUGACUGUGGAGUAUCUUCACAAAUGGACAAAUGGCAAGAAACUAAGCAAUGAUGCUCUCAGUGGUGUGGUAAGUCUCCAUCCGAGCGGCCCUCCUCGCUUAACCCUUGAGGGUGCAGGUUUUCAGCAGUGUGUGUCGCAAAUGGCCAGCUACAUGCACAAGAUGCCGGCGCUGCAGCGAGCCGGCUUCCUGGAGGGACUGAAGCACCACGCGGAGAGGCGGCAGGCCAGACAGCCGCCAUCUUUAAUAAAGUCCCUAGCGAGACUCACGGAUGCGGUGUCGGCGGAGGCCAUUUGCACAUCUGAGAGUCAUGAAGACUCCCACAACUUUGUGCUCUUCUCGCAUUCACCGCCUCAGCCUCACGCUUGCUCCACACCGCUCCACUCCCCUCCCACCUCCCCCUGGUUCUCCACAUUUGCUUCCUCCUCUCCUCCUUUCCCCUCGUUCGCCUGUCACUUCUCCUUCCCGCCCAGCCUGUCACCUCCGUCGGCCAACACCUCUUUCUCCACGCUCCCUGCCCACGUGACGUCCUCCUCGCCCACACUGGCUCACCAGGCAGGUCCCACCGUCUUCCACUACCCCUCUGUCACCUCCCUGAGGUCUCCUCCACACCCCACACAGUCACAGAGGUCAUCCUCACUCACGUGGAGACCCUGGUUCUGA